GCUAAGCAACGACUGCAAACUUUGGGAGAAGUGGUGGCUAGGUAAGCACAACACAGCCUGAUAGGAACCAUGGCGUGCAUUUAACACCGCUACCCAGUGUUUUAGUGGUUUAUGUGUAAGAACACCACAAUGUCCAAGGCCCCUAAGAAAAAGGACUACUCCUCCAGUCGAGUUGCAUCGUCCCCGGCGCAGACACCGAAUAAAGAAUCCUCAUCUCUGGUGGCCAGCGCCUCAGAAGGCCUAGGGGACCUGAAGAAGAGCCGCGUCCCCAUCUGGCCCGAGUGGAACGAGGCAGAGGUCAACGCCGAGAAAUGGGACGCGACGAAAAGCAAAGAUGCCAAGGGUGCCAAGGGCUCUCACGCGCAACUCUUUGAAGACCCUGAGGGUAGGGUUGAUUUGCCGGUGUCUCUGAAGGUCCACUCAUGGAAGCGUCCUUCGGACUACCUUGUCAACAAGGUACCAGUGGUGGUGGAGAAUGAGUGUGCCUUUGACCUGACCACAGCCAACGAGCACUUACUGUGCAGCGAGCUGAUGCGAUGGAUCAUCAGUGAGAUCUAUAUCCUGUGGAAAGCGUGCAACAGCGGCAUCAGCGGCUCUGAGGACAGGGCGGUGUCCGUGGAGACGACCCCUGGCACCUGGAGACCGUGGGAGCACAUCUACUCCCUGUGUAAGGUGGUGAAGGGUCACCAGCCACUCUACAACCCUUACGGCAAAUACGUCCUCAAACUCUACUGGAUGGGAGCCUGGAGGAAGGUAACCAUUGAUGAUGCACUGCCGUUUGAUGAGGAAAACAAACUGCUGCUCCCAUCCAGCACCAACCAAUCAGAACUCUGGCCCAUGCUGCUGGCCAAGGCCCUCAUCAAGCUGGCCAAUACUGAUUUAAUCCCAGGGAACAGGAGAGAACUGGGCGAGUUCACCAUCAUUCACACUCUCACUGGCUGGGUCCCCGAGAUAAUCCCCCUCAACAUGCGAUGUGUGGGCGCAAUGUGGACUUUCCUCAGAAAGGCCAUGCCUCGUUUUCAGCUGAAGAAGGAGGACAGCGCCACCUCCCCCGAUAUGAGGAAUCGCACCGAGCCCCUCAGCCUCAACAACAAGUCUCCCGAGAAACACAAAGACUCAGCCAAGAGAAAGGGGAAGGACAUAGACCAAGGGAGGAAGAGUCAAACUCCAGUCGCUACCAGUGGUCAACCCAAUCAUAAUACUGAAAAUGUGAUGGUAUGUGCAAGCUAUCUGCCUCUGAAGCUCUUGGAGAGGAAGACGUCAGAGUUAGGAAAGAUGGCGGACUCCUCUGAGUACCUGCGUCAGUGCGGUCUCUCUCAGCUCUGCAGUCACCCAGUGCUGCUCACCCAAACCCGUGUGGGCCCCCUGGUAGCCCAACCCGUGGCCGCACCUGUCCCCCGCUGGAAACUCAUCCGUCCACACCGCCAGCACCGACCCACUGAUGAGCCCCAAGCAGAGCCUGCGGUAGAGAAGCCACAGGAGUUCAUCGAGGUUGCCAGUCCCUUUUUAAACUUAAAACUGAAGACUUUGGUAACAGAGAUUCGCAGCAGGAAGCAAAUCUGCAGCUCUGUCCUGGCAUCGUUUACAGAACACAACGAGAAUGAACGUGAGAACAUCACUGACAGUCUCCAGUCAGAGCAGGCAGAUGCUGUGGAGCCCACUGAGGUUACAGCAGAGGACAAGAAAAAGGACGAGAGACCACCCUCUGACCAGACGGCGAGUGAAACCCAGUCCACAUCAGUGGACACCCCUCCGCCCGUGUGUGUGUCUGAGAAGCCGGCUCUGCAGGAGACGUGGGUGCCUCUGGAACACUUCACACACUGCUUCCAGACACUGCUGGUAUUUCACAAACCCAAUGCCUACCCAUACCACUCUCAGAAAUCUCAGUAUAAGAGCUCCGUGUCCUCAAGACUGUCUGCCACAGCGCUCUCCAGCCCUAACUCUGCUGCCGCCAGACAGUCACAGUACCCAGAGGAGAAAGGCUCAUACUUCCUAGUUGUGGACAGCCUGCAGCGCUCGGAGAUCCUUAUCAGCUUCUCAGCUCUACUGCACUGGGGAGAGACCCUGGAGGAGAAAAAGGAGCUUCAGUUGCGUUGUGGCGUUCUGACAGUGGAGCCGUUCUCCUGGAAGAGCCUGAUCUACCAGCUGCCCAUCCUCUCUACACACACCACUGCUUGCAAGGCAGUUACGCUCAAGCUGCAACCGGGGCGUCAUGUCUUGUGUUUCCACAUGAGGGCAGUGUUGGGUUUCCACGUGCACUUGUACAGCUGGACCCCAUUCAUAUUCGGAGACGAGGAGGCAGUCAUGCCUGUCCUUACCAAGGAGAGUGUGUGCUUUGUGGAGCAGGCGGUGUGUAUCGCCAGCGCUCUGGGUCAGGUGGUCAGAUGUUUCUCCAGUGACACAGAGCGCCAAGCUGCCUCCAGGGCUCUCACCAACACACACUUCCCCCCAAACUCACCCCGUGCAGCUGCAGGGGAACACAUGAAGUUGUUCGGUGAAGCCACGCACAAGAUGUUCUCCAAGGCGCUGGACCGCGCGCUGACCUCCCAAGAGCUGCUGGCCGUGCAGGCCCUCACCCUCCAGCCCUGCCUCACCCUCCAGCCCAGCCCUGCCGCUUGCUCACACACACACUCACACACACACACACGCACGCCGACCCUGGAGCAUCGCGAGCAGCCGGGCACGUGGUCCGAGCGCAGUCCCACAGAGGCGGAGGAGCGGGCGGCGGUGACCCUACAGGCCGGGCUCAGAGGCUACGCAGCACGGAGGAUGGUCAGAGCUGCACGUCCAGGCACCAAAGAAAAUUUGAGCGCUGCCAAGACGUUGCAGGAAAUGUGGGCAUCUGUAAAAACAGAUCUGAAGAAACACGCCAUCUCCUUGUUGGGGUACAUGUUCAGUGAGAGUCCAAGCUGUGUGGAUCUGUACGGAUGCAGAGAGGAUGAGCAGAGCCGCAUCAGCUUCAGCGAGUACUCCGUUACCCUGCCCGACACGCCAAACAUAUGGGCCCUCAUCUUCAGGGAGGUGUUUUUUGUCCCUAAGGACACACUGCUGGUUGCUAAGGUGUACUCCCCUGUGGUGUCUGCGCUGCAUGUCAUCAACAAUGACACGGGAGAGGAAAUGCCCAAAGUCUUCCACAAAGUGGAGCCACACAUCUACAAGAGCAACCAGAAGGGCUAUACAUUUGUGGCAGAAGCUCACACAGGUGAUGUACCUAUUGGUCGCUGGCGGAUGUGUCUGAUUGGCUGUCGUCAGCCGCUGCCCUUCCCAGCCCGAGAGACACCGGUCAACAGCUUCUGUGUGAAAGAGUUUAAAGACUACUACAUACCCAAUGAGAAAUACAUCAUCUGCAGGUUCUCUGUGAAGGUGAAUGUGGACGUGCUGGGGACGGUGCAGUUCCAGACGUCAGCGUCCCAUGUCCACCUGCGCAUGACGGUGCUGGACCACGAGGACGCCCUCACUUCCGCCACCGGCAAAGGCCAAGUGAUCAUCCCCGUGUUUACUUUCAGUGCUGACCCAGACUCUGAGGAGAGUCAGGAGAAGGAGGACUCGGAGGAGACGGACACACACACACUCACUGAGCCAUCGUCACACACACACACGCACAAGUACGUGGUGCAGGUGGAGGUGCUACACCGCAGCUGGGCCAUCAGCGAGGCUGAGGCCGCCUUCAUCCAGACCCUCCGCCACGCCGAGAGGAACGAGAUCAGAGUCUCUCCUUUCACCACAGUGGGCGGAGACAAGCCGGAGGAGGUAACGGCGCCCUCGAGCACUGACCAAUCGAGUAACGACGGGCAGAAGUCGAACACGCCCAAGUCCAGCCGCAAGACCAAAGAGAAGGAGAAGGACAAGGAGAAGGAUAAGGAGAAAGAAAAACCAGUGGCCAAACCUGCAUCCAGGCUAGAGCAAGCCUUGGACACAAGUAAGCCCCACUGGACGCUGCGUGUGGUGUGUGAGCAGGCAGAAGCAGAGAGUGUGUGUGUGAAGAGGGACAUGGAGCGGCAGGAGCAGAUCAAAGCCCUCAAGAUGGCCUGGGAGAGCGCAGACCCGGGCAGAGCAGUAAAGGCCCUGCAGUCUCGUCUGCAGUUUAUAAAUAAAUGUGUGCGUGGGUUGACUGGAGAUGGACCAACAGAUGGAGCAGACCGAAGAGACUCUGUUUUCCAGCAGUCUCCCGAUUUCCAAGAUAUGAAUCUCUUCAAUGCUGCUCAGUUUGCUCCCAUGGACUACACACCGUACAUAAGGCGCACUCGUUCGCAGCCCCUCCUGAAGGAUGAGGCCAUUGCAGAGCGCCAGCGGGUGGAGCGUUCCGAGCGGAUCCAAGAGUUUCGUCUGCAGCGCGACAUGGUUCUGGAGCGGCGACAGCAGGAGCGGGCCGCACGACGCCAGCUCAAGAGGCGCCAGAUCCAGCUCUAUGACGCCAUACAGAUCUCCCUGUGGGAGCAUAGGCAGCGUGUGCUGGAGGCGCGGGAGGAGUUCCGCCAGCGCCUCCUGGUGGAGGAGACGCAGCAGCGCGAGGAGGAGGCCGCCCACGAGGCCCUGCGCCAGAUGGAGCAAGAGAAGAACCAGGCGCAGGCCACCGCCCGCAAGAGCGCCGGCAAGAAGAAAUGACCCCCCGUACACACACACACCUCAUCGUUCACUCUCGCAUACGUCCUGUCCACUCUUGCAGCUGCUCUCGUUUUUGAACAAAUGGCUUAGAUAUAUAUUAGUACAGCAGCUUCUGUUUCAUACCCAGUGGAAAAGCUCCCUAAAUGGUUAUUUAUUAAAAGUUAAUAUACAGGGC